CAUAAUAUAACGCGCACGCCGCAGCGCGAGUUCGCGCAGCCGGAAAAGGAAUAAGGCAUUUUUGCACGUGACGUCAGGAACGAUGAGAAAAAGUAAAGAAAGCAUAAUGUAACGAAAAAGAAGAGGAAAUUCGGUUAGGAGUUAAACUGUAGUUACUGUAUAUACAUCAGCGUUGGCAAGUAUUGAAUUUUGUAUAAGAGAAAACUAAUUAUGCAAACAGUGUACGCCUCUGCCGGAAUACUGUACUUGAUCGAUAUUAACUCGCGCGGAGUACGUUCUGUGUUGGUCAGAUAGUGAGUGUGUGUGAGAAAGAGAGAGAGAGAGAGAGGGAAAGAGAACUGGUUUCUCCCGUACUGCCGUACUAUGAGCACCAUCUCUGAGAAGCUGCCGUUGGGAGCAGAUACACACUAGUUCCGUUGUUUGUUGUUCUGUUUUUGUUUUCCACCACCACGAUGUGUUACGGAGAUAUACGGUAGCGUUUCGUAGUUGUAUGCAGUCGUCUCGGCGUCGCUGUUGUGAUCAACAGGAUGUACGUGUCGCUUUUGGACUGAUGGGACGGCUUGUUUCGCUUGGAAUACGUCGUAAUAUAGACACACAUCAGAGGGAAGAAUAUUCGAGCGGUGUUGUUGGGGGGAAGCCUACCGCAAAAAGAAAAAUGUUGGAGUGUGUAUUCUUCCAAUGAAGCGGAAAAAAAUUUCAUAUAUACAUAUAUAUAUUUUGUGUGUAUAUAUAUAUAUAUAUAUAUGUAUGUAUAAUGUGCGCUAUUCUUACCUUUUCCUUUCCUCGUCCCCUUCCGUGUUCGUAAGACUUCAAAAUUGUCUUCACAGAGGAUAAAGAUUUGUUCUCGUCUGAGGGAAAAAGCACGAUGGCUGCCGUAGCGGCAUGGCUGCCGUUCGCCCGUGCGUCUGCCAUCGGAUGGGUACCCAUCGCCACCAACCCCCUCCCCCAGAACCGGACCAUCCCCGAGCACAAGAGGGGGGACGAAAAGAUGUUGAUAAAUGUCAGCGGGAGGAGGUUCGAAACGUGGAGGACUACUCUAGAGAAAUACCCGGACACCCUACUGGGGUCCAACGAGAAGGACUUCUUCUUCGACGAGGAGACGAAAGAGUACUUCUUCGACAGGGACCCCGAUCUGUUCAGGCACGUCCUCAACUACUAUCGAACAGGCAAACUGCACUACCCGAAACACGAGUGCAUCAGCUCUUACGACGACGAGCUUGCGUUCUACGGGAUACUUCCAGACAUCAUCGGGGACUGCUGCUACGAGGACUACAGGGACAGGAAGAGGGAGAACCAGGAGAGGCUGCUCGACGACAAAUGUUCGGAAAAUGGCGACAAAAACCCGGCGGGGACGCCGAGGGAGAAGAUGUGGCGCGCGUUCGAGAACCCACACCUGAACACCGCGGCGCUGGUCUUCUACUACGUGACCGGGUUCUUCAUCGCCAUCUCCGUCACCGCCAACGUCAUCGAGACUGUCCCCUGCGGCAAGAGGAGGGGGGAGAAGGAGAACCUCCCGUGCGGGGAGCGGUACAGCGUGGGGUUCUUCUGCCUGGACACGGCCUGUGUGAUGAUCUUCACGGCAGAGUACCUGUUGCGUCUGUUCGCCGCGCCCGACAGGCUCAAGUUCAUGCGCAGCGUCAUGUCCGUCAUCGACGUUGUCGCCAUCUUGCCCUACUACAUUGGCCUCGUCAUCACGGACAACGACGACGUGAGUGGUGCCUUUGUCACUCUUCGUGUGUUUCGUGUGUUUAGGAUCUUCAAGUUUUCGCGGCACUCGGAGGGAUUACGUAUUCUGGGUUACACUCUCAAGAGCUGUGCCAGUGAACUCGGCUUCCUCCUCUUUUCGCUUUCCAUGGCAAUCAUUAUUUUUGCCACUGUCAUGUUUUAUGCAGAAAAGAACGUCGCAGACACGAAAUUUACCAGUAUUCCUGCGUCCUUUUGGUAUACCAUUGUCACCAUGACAACGCUCGGUUAUGGUGAUAUAGUUCCAAAAACAAUAACUGGGAAAAUCGUUGGCGGAGUAUGUUCGCUCAGUGGUGUGUUAGUUAUAGCUCUUCCGGUUCCCGUGAUUGUGUCCAAUUUCAGUCGUAUAUACCACCAAAACCAGCGGCAAGAUAAACGAAAAGCUCAAAAAGUUGCCCGUUUGGCUCGUAUUCGCAUGGCAAAGAACGCCAGCGGGGCAGCGUUCCUCAACAGCAAGAAGAAAAUCCAGGAGAUGAUGCUGGCGCAGGAGAACUGCCUCUCCAUGGACGACUUCAAGGAGGACAUCUUCCAGCUGCAGCACCACCACCUGCUGAGUUGUCUGGAGAAGACCACAGAUAGGGAAUUCUUGGAGAUGGAAAUGACAUUUAACGGAGAGCCCACCAAGCCAUCCGAGACACCCCCACCAUCGCCCGACCCCUCCCUUGUGUCCGUCGAAAGGCAAAGGACAAGCGGCUGUUGUGCUCGAAGGUUUUCACCACGUCGAAGAUUUCUUUUUAAAAAAGAUCGAACACAUGGUCGAUAUGAACGCGAGCCCGAAGAGUUAAAUGAUAUUCAAAUUCGGCUUCCUAGAAUCAAGAGAUCAUCAGGUUCGAGUCUCAAUGCAGUCGACAGUUACAAAACGAACAAUACUCUAACUGUGACAACCGCCAUUGUUACGCUUCCGACACCCAGCACAACCUCAGAGACUGAAUCAGAAUCCGUGCGGACACAGAGUACCAGUGGAACAAUGUCCCCCUCCAGUCAUUCACAAAACCAAGGCGUUGUAAGGAUAUCAACUUUAUAACAGCAUGGGGCUGUUUGGGUUUUUUGUUCGUUUCUUUUUUACUUUUUUUUUUUGUUCGUUUCGUUUUUUUUAUGUAGUGUAGUGUUUUUACAAAACAAUUUUCUGUAUUACGAUAUUUUAUUGACAAGAUGUACAAGGUGUUUAAAAAGAAUUUUAACCACUCUUGUGCUUCUUUUUUUCUUUUUUUUAAACAAACAUUAUUAUUAUUAUUAUUAUUAUUAUUAUUAUUAUUAUUUUUUGAAGUUUUUGUUCCAUGACAGAGUAUGCGUAUUUCAAGCAAAACGUUUCUGUAUAAAACGGCGUGUUAUUUAUUAUAUACGACUUUGUGGGGUUAUCGACUGUGAUCCGAUUCCGUGUGUAUUUGUGUUGUUGAUGAAUAAAGCUUGACUGGUGUCCUAAUAAAACGUUUGAAAUGGUUGUGAAACCGGAAGAUGGCAUUUUUGUUCAGUGACUUUAUUAAUGAAUGUGUACAGAAAUGCAACCAAUGAAACUUACGUUUUCCCUUUUUAUCAUCGGUACUAGCACAAUUUGCCAGAAUUUCCAAAGAAUGUGUGAUGGGAUCUUCGUAAGGAAAUUUGUUCUCUUUAUUUAAAAAAAAAAAAAAAAAAAAAAAAAAUACAACAAAAACAAACCUGGAUCUACUGUGGUGGGCUUUUCUUUUAAUGUUUUUUAUCCUUCUCGAAUUUUUUGGCCCAGGAAAGGGUGCUAAUGGAAUGAAAAUACACAACUUAACGAUGGUGAAUCAGUUUAACUGGACAAACAAGUAUAGCGAUCUUGCAGGAACAUGAUGAGCUGCGAUAUUAUGGAUGUGUUUGUGAAUUCACCAGUUUCGUUUGUUAAAGUUUCAUGGUGUGUGCCUACCUUACGCACCCGGCUUACCCACUUUCCUCUGUUUUUGCUCACACAUAUGCUGUGAAAUGGAUAAUAUAGACAUUGUUUUUCUUAAAUAAUUAUUUAUUCCGAAGUACGAUGUAAUACUAUGGCGUCUGUGGUGGUGUUGUGGUUUUAAUUUGUUUAUUAAUUUUUUUUUUUUUUUUUUUUGUGGACGACGUUGGCCAAUUUUGGUACAACGCACCCGCUAUUUUGCGUUAACUUUAAUUGUAUAAUUGUAAUUUCCUUUUUCAUUGUACAUAUAUUAUUUGUUUUCAUUUUAUUUGAAUAUUUGUUUGGCAUAUCAGCAUAUAUUGUGUUUUUUUCCAUUCUGAUCUCAAUCUUGCGUGUGAUUUGCACUUUUAUUCAUUCAUCCUUGCCAAUGAAAGAACUCCCCUCUUUAAAUACAUAUAUAUAAAAAGAUAUAGAUAUAGAUAUAGAUAUAUACAUAG